AUGAGCCAGUACAUUCAAGCAGGAUGCAAUGAUGUGGCAGCGCCUUCGUCCAUCCAUUCACCAGCAGGAACGCUCAGACCCACGACGUCAGUGGCUACUGCACGCUAUGGCAAAUCGCCAAGCAUCUAUUCCUAUCACACUGUCAUACCACCAGGAUCUCUCAGUGUUCCCAGUACUCUCGACACGCAAACGAAAUGGAACUCAUACCCACACCCAGAAGGCCAGCUGUACUUCCAAGCAAGACUUGCCAACUAUGUCGUCGUGACAGAAGCCAAUGUUUAUAGGCAAGAGACCGAGAGCCAGGUGUCUGGCUGCCUCAAGUUUAUCGAUGACAUAAUCUCGCAGCAGCAGAUUAUUAUACCGCCCUCGUCAGAGCUAUUCAUAGAGCUUGAUGAAUUUCCACUCUCCUGUGCCUACUACUUCGUAGACCAUGAUACCCGGCGUAUCUUCUGGAUUGAACAGACUUCUACAGAACUGCUUGAUAUGGGAACGAUCGUCUCCGACUCCCAUCGCGACAUCGCCUUAGAAAGGCUGUACUGGGUCCAUGUCGAAUUCUUCCCGAUGCACAUAUACACACAGUUGUCACCUCAGAUGGUAGACGAUUUAAUCGGCGUCAUGUCUCAUGGUGCAGCAGACCGUAUGACCUCACGAUCAUCUACGUUUCCAUACACUGCAGAGAGAUGUAGUCAGCUGUUGCAGCUACUGUCUCUGCAACGAGGUCGUGCCCUUGAUGGACACACACUAUGCUUUGUUGCUCGUCUAUGGGGCGCAAUAGAAAACCAGCGGUUUUUGACUUACUAUGGACAAGAGCAUGCCCAAUUAGAUAGGCUGCAAAUCAUGACGCCCGAAGAAGAUAUGGAUCACCAAUGGGUGAAAACAAUUGCAAACCUGGCUUUGUGGGGAAUCCCCGAUCGAUUUUUUUUCGAGCUUCAUGAUUUGUUUGCAAACGAACAAGUGUUUGUGGAUCAAUGGCAAAUUUUCAUGACCACAUGCGUUUCAGAGUGGCAUACGGCAGUUAUUUGGACUUUCCCAAUAACAAUUGCUACCAUUCUCUCUUGCCUCUUAUCUCGUGCUUCUUUGUCAUCUGCCUUACCGGCUAUUCUCUCAGCGUCUGGGAGCCUCGCCGUAGGAUCGAUCCUACUCCUUAAGCACCACGGCCUAGAAGACGCCACCGCAUCAUUUGCUGCGCGCUACCUGAGAGCCGCAAAAUCACGCUCAAUUGGAAUGCUCCCAUCUGCCAUCGUCUUUAGUUUGCCCAAAGGCCUCUAUCUAUGGAGCAUCGUCUUUAUGGUGGCCCACUUUCUCUUACUGGCGUCUCACGUGGUCGGCGGACUCGCAAUGUUUGGAGGCGCCUGCUUUUUGAUACUACUUGUGUGGGCUGCCCUAUAUGUCACAUCCCCAGAUGAGUACGACCAGAGUUCUAUACUUAGCAAAAUCCUGUGUCGCUGGCAUUCAAUCCAGGGAGAUCCUGAAGGGGCAGGUUCCCUCGCUUGACGGUGGCACCUGUCCCGGCCCUUCCCUGUUGGUCCUACUAGUAGGGUGGGUCUCGAGAGGUGCAGUGCUCGCGACAACACAAAUACUUGUAUGAUAUAUGAUGUACAUGUAGUGCGAGCCAAUAUAGAAUUAUUUUUUGUAAGUCCGCAUAG